AUGCAUGAAAUCAUCACGCUCCAGCUGGGUCAACCGAGCAAUUAUCUGGCAACGCAUUUCUGGAAUGCUCAGGAGUCGUACUUCACCUACUCUGACGACAUCGAAUCGCCCAUCAACCAUGAUGUGCACUUCAGGCCGGGCAUCGGCGCCGAUGGCUCCGAGACCUUUAUGCCUCGGACCGUCAUCUAUGAUCUGAAGGGCGGCUUCGGAUCCCUGCGCAAGAUCAACGCCCUGUACGACGCGCAGCAGGACGACCAUGACGCCGCUGCGCAGGCCCUCUGGAGCGGCAAGACCGUCGUCCAGCGCCAGGAGCCCAUCCAGGUGGCCGCAUACCAGCAGAGCCUGGAGGCGGGCGAGCCCGCCGAGCAGCUGACCCCAGCGGCCGUGCGGUACUGGUCCGACUUCAACCGCGUCUACAUGCACCCGCGCUCCAUCGUGCAGCUGACCGACUACGAGCUCAACUCGUCCCUGCGGCCCUUUGAGAGGUGGCCCACGGGCGGUGAGCUCUUUUCGGAGCUCGACCGCGAGCACGACCUGCUGGACCGUGACCUGAGACCCUUUGUCGAGGAGGCCGACCACAUGCAGGGCAUUCAGCUCUUCACCACCAUCGACGACGCCUGGGGUGGAUUUGCCGCCCGCUAUGCUGAACGCCUCCGGGACGAGUAUGGAAAGUCGGUGAUCUGGGUCUGGGGCCUGCAGGAUUCGGCCGUGGGUCUGAAUAGGGAAAAACGUAUGGUGAGAAUGUCGAAUAAGGCACAUGCCUUGACAGAACUGUACAAACAGGCCUCGAUACUAGUGCCGUUUUCCAUACCACGGUCGCCGAACUCGCGCCCCAACGUGGCACUGGACGCCUCAUCCUCUUGGCACACAUCCGCCAUACUCACCACCGCGUUUGAGACGGCAGUUCUUCCAUCCCGGAUGAGGCAAGGACCUGCCAGUGACAGGCUAGACGGAAUGGCUGACUGGCUGAACGUGAUGGGGAAGCAGACGAUUGCGAACCUGCAAAUGGACGUCGUCAGCGAAGAUGAGGAUGAAUCAGCGAACGACUCGAGGCAACCAAAUUUCCUUGACAGAUACAAAAAGGACCCUGAAGAUGACACGACAUCGGAUAUUGACCUUCCGAUAGACUUCACUGCUGGGGAUGAUCUUGGUGCUCCUCAAAGAUCAAACAAGCACAGGAACCGCCACGUCUUUGGUCAGACCAUCUCUGUUCGCGGCAUCUCUGCCAGUGAGAACCAGACGGUAGAAGGCAGUCGGUUUGCUAGACAAUAUCAAUCGUCCGGGAAGGCGUCAGUGCGCAGCUACUACACUGACCUCAGGUUCCCCCAACCAGACAGCUUCCCAAAUAUUUACACAUCCAAAUCCGGACAGCCACUCAAGAGCACACUCCCGGUCGUUGCCUCCCUCACGACAGAUAGUUCCACUUCUGAUCGGCUCAAGCUCCUCCGAACUACCGUUUUCCGCAGCAUAGGCCUCGAGGAUAGGGAAAACCUCGGCAACGAGCUUGCACAGAUGGCUGACGAAUAUCAUGACGGUUGGUCGAGUGGAAGUGACGAUGGCGAUGAUGAGGACUAG